AACAGGAGAAAAUGUGUGAUUCAACGGAGAGACUCGCUGCUCUUAAACUGUGGGACCGGCGGUGAAAUGUGACGCUGCUUCAGACCUCCGGAUCCUGAUUGGUGAGCGGCUCCUCCUGCAGCUCAGCUCCGCCUAGAGGAGGAACCCACCGCCCGGAUCUCCGCUGCUUAUUGGGGGGAAAAUUAUUUUAACAUGCCCGCCAACAGUGAGAGCGGGCCGCCCCCUGCUGCUCUACUGGAGCCUCCUGUUUGCUUGGUUGUCCGCGGACAUAUAAAGGAGGCUCCGGCUGCUGGAGCUCCAGUUUCUCUGAGUUCUUAGUCCAGAAAACACAUCUAACCAUGAGUGGAAGAGGCAAAACCGGUGGCAAAGCCAGAGCAAAGGCCAAGACCCGCUCCUCUCGCGCCGGGCUCCAGUUCCCGGUCGGUCGUGUCCACAGGCUGCUGAGAAAGGGAAACUACGCUCAGCGUGUCGGUGCCGGAGCUCCGGUCUACCUGGCGGCCGUGCUGGAGUACCUGACCGCUGAGAUCCUGGAGCUGGCUGGAAACGCUGCCCGCGACAACAAGAAGACCCGUAUCAUCCCCCGUCACCUGCAGCUGGCUGUCCGCAACGACGAGGAGCUCAACAAGCUGCUGGGCGGAGUGACCAUCGCUCAGGGCGGCGUGCUGCCCAACAUCCAGGCGGUCCUGCUGCCCAAGAAGACCGAGAAGGCCGCCAAGAAGUAAACAUGGACCCUCUCUGACUGCUGGAGACAACACAAAGGCUCUUUUAAGAGCCAAC